AUGAUUAUAAAUUUAUUAUUGUUAUUUCAACGAACACUGGCAUAUUAUUUUUCAACUUUAUUUGAACGAUUUUUUAAAAGGGCGCAAAUAAACGAAACACAACAAGGACAACAAUUAAUGUCAUCAUCUUCAUCGAGACCGCCAGUAAAUGAAGACGUUGCUUAUGCAAACUUUACUUUAUUCCAAAAGAGGAGUGAAAAAGCCAGAGAGAGUUUAAGGAAAGCUUUGGAGGCAGACGAAACAAGAGUGAAUAAACGAGGUGUUAUUCUUCUCUACAAGUCUGCUAUGCGCGACUUUGAAUCUGCAUUAUCCACUCGACUGUCUUCUUGCCCGCCUUACAAACAUGCUGAAAUUCGCCAACAACAGGAAAAAUUGGGAAAUUUUCUUGAAUCUGUAAAAGAUAGGUUAACAAAAUUAGAAGAAGAUGAUUUGUCUAAAUCGGGUAAUGAAACAAAUACACGUCAAGUAAUGAUUAGUAGAUCGGUCAGCAGAUCGGCAAGAGGGGCGCCUACUGCUACAACAAGCGCUCCUUCAUCCUCAAUGACAAAUUCCAAACUUUUGAAGGGUGUAAAUUCGAAAUUCGGUGAAGAAAUUCUCUCUACUAUACUUGCAGAUUCUGAAAGGAUUACUCUUCGAAAUGUAGAGGGAAAUGAGGCUGCUAAAGAGGCAUUAGAAGAAAGCGUAAUAUUGCCUUCACUUAACCCAAAAUUAUUUACUGGAUUGCGCGCCCCUUGUAAAGGAAUUUUAUUAUUUGGGCCACCUGGAAACGGAAAAACAAUGAUUGCCAAAGCAUUAGCAAGUGAAUGCCAUUCGACAUUUUUUAAUGUCUCUGCUGCAUCGAUAAUGUCAAAAUGGGUUGGUGAUGGAGAAAAAAUGGUACAAGCACUAUUUCAAGUUGCAAGAAAUGCUCAACCUUCGAUAAUUUUUAUAGAUGAAGUCGAUUCAAUGCUUUGUGAACGCUCAGAACAAGAAAACGGCGCGGCUAGACGUGUAAAAACAGAAUUUCUAAUUCAAAUGGAUGGAUGUGCAAAUAAAUCAGAAGAUCGAAUUCUUGUUUUAGGCGCAACAAAUAGACCAAAUGAAUUAGAUGAGGGAAUUUUGAGACGUUUUCCAAAGAGAAUAUUUAUUGAUUUGCCAGAAAAACAGGCUAGAGCAUCAAUGAUUAAAUCAACUUUUCAUAGGUCAAAUACACAGGCUUCUUUAAAUGAUCAGGAAUUGAAUUAUAUAGCCGAAUUAACAACUGGAUAUUCUUAUUCUGAUUUAGAUGCGCUUUGUAGGAGUGCUGCUUUAAUUCCACUUCGCUCGAUUGACCGGUCAAAUGUACAUAAAUUUACUGCAGCACAUUUGAGGCCAGUUAAUUUACAAGAUUUUGAGACUGCAUUAACAACAGUAAAGCCAUCAUUAAACAAUGAAAAUAGGAAAAAAUUGUUAGAAUUUGCGAGAAGACAUGCACAAAUGACAGAAUGAUUGGGGAAUAUAUGAAAAAAUUUUUGAAAUUUUCUAAUUAAA